UUGUGUUCUAAGUUUCAAACGCCGGCAUAGUAUUUUGAGAGGGUGAAAAGUUUGGGAGUUCAGAUUGAUUCUGAAACAGUGGUAGCUCCCAGUCAAAGAGGAAGGGUAAAAUAGUCGAUAGAAAAAAUGUCAGCUACGUUACAGUUGCCUCCUGGUUUCCGAUUUCAUCCGACGGAUGAGGAGCUCGUGAUGCACUAUUUAUGCCGGAAAUGUUUAUCGCAGCCAAUAGCCGUACCGAUUAUCGCGGAAAUCGAUCUUUACAAAUUUGACCCUUGGCACCUCCCAGGUAUGGCCUUGUACGGAGAAAAGGAGUGGUACUUUUUUACACCGAGGGACAGGAAGUACCCGAACGGUUCAAGGCCGAACCGAGCAGCGGGAAGCGGGUACUGGAAGGCGACUGGAGCCGAUAAGCCUAUUGGGCAAGGUAAAGCCGUCGGAAUAAAGAAGGCGUUGGUGUUUUACUCCGGAAAAGCUCCGAAAGGAGAGAAAACCAACUGGAUUAUGCAUGAGUAUCGGUUGGCCGAUGUGGAUCGGUCGGUUCGCAAGAAGAACAGCUUAAGGCUUGAUGACUGGGUCCUAUGUCGCAUAUACAACAAGAAGGGAAGCCUCGAGAAGCACCAAAAUCAAGCGGCUAAUCGGAAAAUGGAUUCACCGGUGAUGGAGGAAGAUAAGAAACCAGAUAUCGUUAACGUCGUCAAUAAAUUAGCGCUUCCUCCGAAUGCAGCGGCCGGAAUGGUUAAUGAUUAUCUGUACUUCGACACGUCGGAUUCGGUGCCGAAGUUGCACACGGACUCGAGCUGUUCGGAGCAAGUGGUGUCACCGGAAUUCACAAGCGAGGUGCAGAGCGAGCCGAAGUUACAACCGUGGGACAACAAUGACCUUGCGUUUUCGUAUAAUUACUUAGAUCCCAGUAUGGACUUGAGCUUUAAUUCUCAGUUUCAGAGCAUUAAUCAGCUGUCGCCGUUGCAGGAUAUGUUCAUGUACCCUCAGAAGCGCUUUUAAAGUGAGGCAAUUCGAUAAAAUUAAAUUGAUUGUGUAGAAAAGAAAAGCCUUGUGGGGUAACACGAGACGAAAGUCCGUGAGUGUGCCUACUGCGGGGUCGACUAGCUGAUCGCAGGGGUAACUUUGGGAAAUACAUUUGUUGGAUCGGAAAAUCCACAUUUUAACAAGUGUAUGUAUGUAAAUAAGCAAAAGUUCUUUUGGGUUCCUAAA